AUGGCCUCUGUAACCUAUCUGCCGAGUGAGCUUGUUAUGGAGAUUAUGUCCCGAGUUCCAGGAAAAUCCGUAGCGAGAUUCCGAUCAGUGUCAAAGCAAUUUAGGUCUCUCCUCUCUGAUUCUUGUUUGCUCCGCCUCCACCACACCCGUUCACGUGAUUCCCUUUUUACUGUAAGGGCAGUCAAUGAUAUAAGGCCACUCAAGGAUGUAUGUGGUGGAUUUGGACACUCAUUUGAUACUUAUACCACAUACUAUUUCUCUGUGACCAACAAGGCCAAUGGCCUCGUCCACGAGUUCACGUUAAACUUUUACAGCCCUCGUGUCAGAAUGUUAACUUGUUACCACCAGCUCUUAUGCUUUACUUGUGAAACUGACAUUUAUCUUUGCGACCCCUUGAACAAGGAGUUGAAGAAACUACCCGGCUCCACUGUCUCUAAACGGUGCUUUGACGAAUCCAAAGACAAUGAAUGUCUCGUCUCCUUUGGCUUUGUCGACGGCGCUAAGAAGCAAUACAAAGUCGUCAAGUGGCCUCGCGACUUGGACGAGAACCGUACAAGAAGGUUGCCAAGUGGCCUCAUCACGACUUGGAAGAAAUUCGAUCUCAUGUUUGAGAUAUUGAACGUCAACAUUCUGGAACAUGGUCGGCUUAAAGUAUCCGGUUGGAGCAGGCAUAGCAGACCAUGUCCCUAUCUGCUACAACUCUCUUCUCAGGUUCACGUCAAUGGAGUUAUCUACUGGACCACUAGUGAUUUUCAGAUUGUUUCCUUCUCUCUAGAAGACGAGACUUUCUCAACCCUAGACGCUAAACCUCCGUGCUUCCGUGGACCACAAGAAACACGGUCUUUCACGUUAUCUGGAACCCACGGAAGCUUAUGGAUGAUCAUGUUAGACUAUAGUGUCCCGCCGUCUCGAAUCAUGGAGGUUUGGAAGAUGGAAGAUAGUGGUUGGGCCAGGAUUCAUGCGGUCCACCUUGGAGGAAGCCAUCAUCCAGCAGACAAAGACUUAGGGAAAGUGGAGAUGCUAGAUAUUGGGUCAGACCAAGUCUUGUUCAAGCUAUCCUCCCCGUCCUCCCGGGGCCCGUUCAUAUGGUGUUAUGACGCCAAGACAAACACACUCGAGAACUACGGGAGUAUGUCUUACGACUGUCAGCUAUGUCACUCCAUCGAUGGACUCUUGUCUCUACGCGACAUUGAUAUGUCUGGUUCUUUAACACCUUCUACUAAAUCUCCUUCUUUUGGGUCUUUCUCAGAUACACAUAUAAUCCGUAAGACGUUAUCUUUAUUAAUGCUUGGUAGAAAAUCUUAG